CUGUCUUGAGUUGCCCUGCGAGCAAUUUGCGUUUGGCAAACGCCGACUUUUUGGCGUCGCAAAAACGCGCUUCUCGGGAAACCUGUCAACUUUUUAUUGGCCAGGCAGUGAAUCCCGUAUGCAUCGGUAUAUUCUUCGUUCGAUAUUGUGUAUAGAGAGUGCAGAUAUAGCAGUUAAGCCGGGAGUUUGACCACCGGAUUGUCCUUAUCGGGGGGAUACUUCGCGUCUUUUGUGCCGGAAAAGCGCGGCUUACUUACGUUUGGCAUCGGUAAUACAUAUAGAUUUAAGACAUGGAUGAGGAGGUCAUGGCCAUCGGUGGUGGUCCGCCAGAUCCGCUGAUCAUCAAUGCCGAUAAAAUCGUACCCAAGGAUGCAAGUGUGGACGUUUUCGCCAAACCCUUUAUCCGAGUCACCCAACCAGGAUCGGUAUCCGGGGAAGCCGACAUCCUUCAAAAGACCGAGGCGGAGUGGCGUCUCAUUAGCUUAGUUCGUCGCCAGCCGGCUUUGUACGAUGCCCGGCAUCCGAAAUUCCAUGACGACGUCCACCGGGAGAAACUUUGGCAGGGCGUCGCCAAUCGCCUGGCCACGGAUCUGACCAACUGCCUGGCUGCCUGGGCGGAGCUGCGGUACCGCUACCAACGUCAUGUGCGCCGCCUAAGGGCCUUUCAGCGCAAUCGCAAAGGCACCAAAGGCCAACGACCCUGUAUGAGGCACGAGGAGGAGCUGCUCUUCCUGUAUCCCCAUGUGGCCCGGUUCCCGCUCACGGUGGAGAAGAUCCAACCGGCCGAGGUGGGCGAACCCACGGAGGUCAUCGAAGAGAAUGAAACUCUGCCCGAUGUGGAGAUUGUGGAACCACCGCCCGUGGACAUAAUCGAUGUGGAUCUCGAAGAUGAGGCCGGCUUCCAAUUCCGCCUCACCGAUGAUCAGCGUCGCCUCAUCGAGGCUGUGCAGGCCUAUCCCCAGCUCUACAAUUGCCUGGCUCCUGGCUAUGAGAACACACGGCAUCGCGGUCUCAUCUGGGGUGCAAUCGCUAACGAACUUCAUGACAAGGCCACCAAGCUGAUGAAGAGCUGGCUGAAUAUCCAGACCCGCUACGAAUGGGAGCUGACCCAACGGCCCGACAAGUGCAGCAACUCGGAGCUCUGCAAGUUGAUGGAAUUUCUGCGGCCGCAUGUACUGCGCCUGCGCAACACUGUCUGCAAGGCCUCCAAGUAUCUGCAGAACGGCUGGUACGAGCCCAUCGAGAAUUUCCGCAGUGUGAUGUCGCUGAUCAAUACGAUGCGUAAUAUGCCCGAUCUGGUGCAGCUAACAGACGAGUCGAUGGCCUACAAGGUGAAGCCGCCGCGCUACGACGAGUUCUGGCAGAAGGUCGGCAUCGAGGUGGUGGGCAGCCACGAGCGCUGCGAGGUUACCUGGCUGAUGCUGCGCUCCUUCCACCACGAACUGCAGGCCAUGCGCUCGGCAGGCUACCAGCUGCAGGACAAGUGGUACUUCGAGAACGCGCUAAGCAGCAUCUUCAAGCAGGUGGCCGCCCGCACGACGGCACGUCAAAGCUAUAAGCGUAAACACAAUGGGGCAAUAUCGAUGCCCGGAGAGCCGGCGCCCAAGAUAUCUCUGCCAACGCUACCGACACCGCCGCGCCUGCCACUGGCCAUUGUCUACCCGCCCGCCUCGAAAACUAGCAGUAGCAUUAGCAGCAGCAACAGCGCCAGCGGAACCAACACGGGCAUGCUACCCACCAUCACGAAUGUAAGAAGCUGCUCGGGCCCCGUCAUCACCAAUUCCACCUCAAAUGCUGCUCCAACCAGCGUUAGCUCAAGUGUGGCCUCUGAUCCAUCUGUUCCCACGUUUAUGAUCCCCAAAAUCACCUCCGCCAUGAGUGUGGCCACGGGCAAUAUAGUACCCCUUAAACUGCCGCCCACCCUACGGAUUGCGCCAAAGGCGGCCGCCGCCAUGGGCAUGGGUUUGCCCGCCGGCCCGGCCAAUAUUCAGCUAUCAGGCGCGAAUAUCACGCCAGUGCGUCCAACGUUACCGCAGCGUCCUGGUCUGCAGGUGUCGAUUCAGACCAAGCAGCCCAUACCGAAUCCACCGCAGAUGCCAUCGGCAGCAUCUCGGAGUUUGAUUCGGCAAAAUAUGCCGGCACAAAGGACUGUCGGAAUAACAGUUCAGCGGUAUCCUCCAGCGACGGCUCUGGGAACGCUACUUAGCGAACCGCCGCUUACGCCACAGAUUCCGCCGCCAAUUCUGCAGCCAGCUCCGGCAUCCCAGCAUCUGCCCACUUUGGUGCCCAUAAAAUCAUCGAAUAUUGUUACCAAUAGUGGCCAAUUAUCAGGCACUGGGGCUCCGAUGGUGCGUAUACAUCAGUCAGGAUUGCUAAGCGGUUGGGAUGCUAACAACAAGCCCAUGGGAUCACUAGCAGCACCAUCUGUGCCUACAGUAGCAGCAGCAACUACUACUACUACAAUAAGCGCCAAUGCCUCAGCAGCAACAUCAAAAUGGAGCUCAGUUUCACCACUACCAGACUAUGCCAAAAAACAUGGACAAGUGGCACAACCACUUAUCAGGAUAAGUAAUAAACCUGCUGCAGAAUCAGCACUUUUGCCUUCAGUUCCUGCAGUACAAACAAUAAGUACAGGAUCUAGAAUAAGUACAGGAGCAAUAAUAGGCAAAGGAGCUACAAUAAGUACACCAGCAACACUAAGCGCAGGAGCAACGAUUAUUAAAGGAGGAACAAUAAGUACAGGAGCAACACUAAGCACAGGAGCAACCAUAAGCCCAAUUCGAGCAGCAGCAUCUUCAGCUCCGUCUGCAGUAAAAGCUAAAGCUGCAACAUUAUUGACAUCUACUACACCAGGUUCAACAGCAACACAAGCUCGAGCUGCAACAUUAGCUACCACUGCAACAGUGGACAUUACGAAUGCAGACGAUACAUCAGAGACAAUAUCCACGGUAUCCUCAUCAGCAACAGUUUUCACAGCACCCCCAGUAGCUAAUGCACAACCUAAGGCUAUUCAGAAAACUGUAUCUAAUGCAAAAACUGCAGUCAAUGAAACAGCAACAGCAGUAUGCCAGCCAGAAAAGGAAACAACAACAUUAUCGUCCAAUAGUCAGUUAGAGAAUGAUACAAAGGAUAUUACCGUGGUGUUGCACGAGAAUCCCGCAACCGGAAACAACAUGCUGCACAUUUUGUGCGACAACCAGGCCACUCGCUACAAUCUGAACAUGGUUAGGACGGCGACGCUGAUACGCGAGGUGAUGGCUGUGCCCCAGCUGCACAAAAAGGAUCCGCAAUUGGCCGCGAAGUGUGAUGAGUUCUGGAAGCUUAUCGGCAAGAAGUUUCACAUGCCUGAGGACGCUUUGCGCGCAGUUUGGAAGUUCCUGGCUGAGAACAUCAGUGUGUUUCCGCUCAUUGCGCCAAUGUCGGAGCUGAUGCGUCCGUUUAAGGCCAGCGUGAAGGUGUGGGAGAAGUCGCACCGCUUGUUCAGCAAGUUUGACGAAAUAGCGCGCAAGUACCUAUGGAUGGAACACAAGGAUGUGCUGCCGGAUGUGAUACGCCACUUCCGGCACCACGAGCACCUCUACUGGGAGCUGCGCAAGGCGCGACCUGGCGAGGAGGUGGUAGCUCCGCGCCAGUACACGGAUCAGGAGCGGCAAGAGGUGUGGCGCGAGGCGCGCAUUAAAUUCCCCAAUCUCAAUCAUCGGGACGUUUGGUCGAUGUUUAAGUUCGCCUUCCGCACGUACAUGGAGGAUCUGGAGCGUGGCAUCGAGAAUCCCUGGCCACAGAACUGGUGGCAGGCCCUGGAGCAGCUCAGGUUCUUGGCCGAUGUGCGCUAUCAUCCCCUUGAGCCGUACUACUACAUUGUGCACAACAAGAUCGCCGAGGAGGUGAAGCGCUGCAGCAUGUACGAGGCUCUCAUGUCCGCCGAUCCCGCCGAUAAAAAGAAACCCACGCCAGCGGCCCUUUUGGCCCGCCUAGCCAAGGAGCCCAUGCCGUGGGAGUCGGAGGAGGCCAAGCGCUUGCUUACCGGAAAGUUGAGUGUUUCGCAAAGCGUAUACACGAAGAAAAACAUCGCUGCAGCUCCGAUCCCGCCAGCCGCCGCCCCUCCUAUUCCCGUACCUGGUGGCACGCCCGUGCCCACAAAGACUCCCGCUGCAGAGUCCAACGCGGUAACAAAAGCGCCAAGCGACGGAGUCGAAGUGCAGCAACGCAACGGCAGCGCCCAAAAACGGCUCCCUCAAAUGAAACGCGUCGCCGGUCACCUGCCCACCAUCGAGGCCUUCGAGCUGACCCAUGUACUGCGCCGCCAUCCGCAUACCUUUGAGCGGGCCAGCACCAUCGACAAGCGGACCGCCUGGGUACGCGUCUCCAAGGAGCUGAAUGCCACAGUGACGGAAUGCCGCUUGGGUCUUCAGUAUGCUCUACGCGAAAUGCGCUACCUGAAGAUCACGGACCCAAUGCAUCGCUGCGCCAUGGGCCACAAGUACUUCCGGCACAUGUCAGAGAUCUACAAGCAGGUGAAGCCCAACGGUCCGCUCACAGUCCGCACGCCGCAGCAGCUAAAUCAAUCGCUUACGGAACCAGCUCAGGAAGUUGAGCCGCAGCGAUUCGUGCCGGAGAUCAACUUGACCACCUGCAGCCCUGGCCUGGUCCUGAAGAACUGGGCCAAAGCCGUUGGCAACCUGUCCCCUGCCAGCCAGGAUAUUCUGCUCGGCAAGCUAACGCAGCUGUUCGCCAAGUACGCCGAGGAGGCCAAUGUCACUUGGGUUUAUCCGGCACCGCCUUAGCUGUCCAAACUCUUGACACGCCUAAUUUAAUCUAAGCUUUCUCUUUAAGAACUCUCACCGUUCCAUCGACAACCCCAUUGCGCUCUAAAUUGUCAUUCGAUACUUAUUAUUUAUUAUUUGCAUGUAAUGGCAAGAUAUGAUUUUUUUUUUCAUAUACAAACAAUAUUAUCUUACGAUAAGUAAACACCUAGAUAUUUGAGUUCAAGUUCAGUAUGAAACAAUAAAUUGAAAUUCAAAGACAAAUACAAAUAAACGGCAAGAAAAUUCCAUUUCUUUAUUCA